AACAUCCUCGAAGGUUUCGCUACCUCUUAUACAAGCUGCAACCGACCUACACGAAACACAGUCUGGGCUUGCUGUCAACCUGGAUUGUGCGUCAACAUCGGCCAUGACAUCCUCGGGACCUCUGUAUCUGGGCUUCGACUUGUCCACCCAGCAACUAAAGGGGCUGGUCGUGGACAGCAGUCUCAAAAAGGUCCAUGAAGCAAAGUUUGAUUUCGACGCUGAUUCCAAGGGUUUCGGUGUACAAAAAGGGGUAUUGGUCAAUGAAGCUGAACAUGAAGUUUUCGCCCCUGUGGCAAUGUGGUUGCAGGCCAUCGACACUUUACUGGGGAGACUGAAGGACGAUGGUCUCGACUUCAAACAAGUGAAGGGCAUCAGCGGCUCAGGGAUGCAGCAUGGCAGCGUGUUCUGGAACGCAGAUGCCGAGCAGUUGCUAAGUCAACUAGAUUCGGACAAGACACUGCAAUCACAGCUCGAUGGUGCUUUCGCCCAUCCUUACAGCCCCAACUGGCAAGAUGCAAGCACACAGAAGGAGUGCGACGAGUUCGAUGCCAUUCUCGGUGGCGAACAACAACUAGCUCAUGCAACUGGAAGUAAAGCACACCACCGCUUUACUGGGCCUCAGAUACUGCGGUUUCAGCGGAACUACCCGGACAAGUACAUUAAGACCUAUAAAAUCACUCUUGUUUCAUCCUGGAUCGCGACCAUCUUUCUGGGCAAGUUUGCACCGUUCGACAUCUCGGACGUCUGUGGCAUGAACCUGUGGGACAUCAAGGCUGGGAAGUGGAAUGAGAAACUGCUCGAAUUGGCGGCUGGUCCGUCUGGCGUGGAUGCACUAAAAAAGAAGUUGGGUGACGUUCCUGAGGACGGCGGUAUUCAUCUCGGAACCGUCUCAAAGUACUUUGUACGCCGUCACGGAUUCAGCGAGGACUGCACAGUUGUCGCGUCCACAGGAGACAAUCCGUCAACUAUCCUCGCACUACCACUCCGUUCCAACGACGCAAUUGUCUCACUCGGCACGUCGACAACGUUUCUCAUGUCCACCCAGGAAUACAAACCCGAUCCAGCCACACAUUUCUUCAACUCGCCCACAACACCACGACUGUACAUGUUCAUGCUGUGCUACAAGAACGGUGGCCUAGCACGAGAGAAGGUCCGCGAUGCCAUCAAUGCUAAGGCGGGUGUGUCAGAUAAAAGUUCUUGGACGGAAUUCGACAAGCAUUUAUUGUCUACGCCGCCGCUUGCACAGGGAGACCCUUCGAAGUCUGCUCAUCUAGGCCUAUAUUUCCCGCGACCAGAAAUCAUCCCUCCCUUGCCUGUCGGCGAGUGGCACUUCACAUACGACCUAGAAGCGAAUAAGCUGUCGAGCGUCCGAAGUGUGCCACAGUCCCCAGAGCAAGAUGCCCGAGUCAUAGUCGAGUCACAGUUCCUGUCGCUGCGGCUGCGCUCAAAAGAGCUUGUCUCGUCGCCUGGUAAGGGGUUACCACCUCAACCACGCAGAGUGUACAUGGUUGGCGGCGGCAGCCGAAACAAGGCUAUCGCGAAAGUCGCGGGCGAAGUGCUCGGCGGCUCGGAAGGUGUGUUCAAGCUUGACGUCGGCGAGAAUGCAUGCGCGCUGGGUGCAGCGUACAAAGCCGUCUGGGCGAUCGAACGGGCCAAGGGCGAGACAUUUGAGGAACUCAUCGGCAAGAGGUGGCGUGAGGAAGAGUUUGUGGAGAAGAUCGCUGACGGGUACAAUGCUGAGAUAUGGGAGAAAUAUGGCAAAGUCCUUGGACCGUUCCAAGAUAUGGAAAACGGACUGCUGCAGGAGCAAAAGAACGCCGGAAAAGGGGAACAAGGCCUAGUGUAAGGGGGCCUUCUUCUUCUUGUAUAGUAUAGGCCGCCUACUGGCUGAGGAAUUGAAAAGUUGCCCAGCGGCUAUGCUUUCUCCCGUACAUGAACUAAUACAGCUCCAGGUCGACCUUCUAAAGUUUACGUAUGACAGGUUGCUUUUGUGCUACCGGACCAAGCAUACACGAACAUCCUGUAUGCACCGUCUUCGCCCUUCUUGGACCAACGUAUAUCCAGGCAGCAUAGGGAGCGCUGCAGGAUCCUUGCUGGAGCGGUCUUGCUUGGGGAGCUGGUACAUGUAGUGUCGAGAGAGGAA